UUUUAAUUAAAAACGUCGGGCGAACGAACGGUCGAAUCCACGAGCUUUCUCUCCGACACGUCGGAAGUUAGUUUCGUCUGGCGGAUCUCAUUCCCCCUUAAAGAACCAGAAAAACCCUAAUCUUGCAAUCAGCCGGUCCAAUGGACACUCACUCCUCUCAUCUAACCGCGGCGAACCGCUCUCGCAGCUCCCAAACCCCUUCCCCUUCUCACUCCGCUUCCGCAUCCGCCACUUCCUCCAUUCACAAGCGUAAGCUUGCCGCAACAACUGCCGCGAGCGCAGCCGCCUCCGAGGAUCACGCACCUCCUUCCUUCCCUCCCUCGUCAUUCUCCGCCGACACGCGCGACGGCGCAUUGACGUCAAAUGACGAUCUUGAGAGCAUCUCCGCUCGUGGCGCCGACUCCGACUCCGAUCCUGACGAGUCCGAAGACGCCGUCGUCGACGAGGAGGAGGAUGAAUUUGCUCCGGACCAGGACAAUGACUCUUCUAUUCGAGCGUUUACGGCCGCUCGAUUAGACCCUGGCUCUGGCACCGGAGGUGGUGGCGCGGGACGGAACACGAAGCUCAAAACAGAGAACUCCACGGUGAAACUUGAGAACUCUGAUGGCGGGAAAGAAGGUGGAGACGGCGGGCCCGGCUCGGUGGGACCUGGAGCCCUUUUAGCAGGUAGCUCCACGCCGGGUACUGUGGUGAAGGACGACGCGGUGAAGAUAUUCACGGAGAAUCUACAGACAAGUGGGGCUUAUAGUGCUCGAGAAGAGAGUCUAAAAAGAGAGGAAGAAGGAGGACGACUCAAGUUUGCAUGCUAUUCAAAUGAUGGUAUUGAUGAGCAUAUGGUUUGGCUUAUAGGGUUGAAGAAUAUAUUUGCAAGACAGCUGCCUAACAUGCCUAAGGAAUACAUCGUUCGGCUUGUGAUGGAUAGAAACCAUAAAUCUGUAAUGGUCAUCAGACGAAAUCAGGUAGUUGGUGGCAUCACAUAUCGUCCAUAUCAUAGCCAGAAGUUUGGGGAAAUAGCUUUUUGUGCAAUCACAGCAGACGAACAAGUAAAAGGUUAUGGUACCAGGUUGAUGAAUCACUUAAAACAGCAUGCACGUGAUGUUGAUGGUUUAACACAUUUUCUUACAUAUGCGGACAACAAUGCUGUUGGUUAUUUUAUCAAACAGGGAUUUACGAAAGAGAUUCACUUGGAGAAGGAGCGCUGGCAAGGUUAUAUCAAAGACUAUGAUGGUGGAAUCCUCAUGGAAUGUAAAAUUGAUCCAAAGCUUCCGUAUAUUGAUCUAUCAACUAUGAUUCGCCGUCAAAGACAGGCAAUUGAUGAAAAGAUAAGAGAGCUCUCAAACUGUCAAAUUGUAUACUCAGGACUUGAUUUUCAGAAGAAAGAAGCUGCUAUUCCUAGAAAGAUAAUCAAACCCGAAGAUAUGCCUGGUUUCAGGGAAGCUGGAUGGACUCCUGAUCAAUGGGGCCAUUCACGGUUCAAAAUGUUUAAUGCGUCAGCAGAAAGUGCAACAAAUCAAAAGCAUUUGACUGCAUUCAUGCGCUCACUUCUAAAGUCUAUGCAUGAACAUGUUGAUGCUUGGCCAUUUAAAGAUCCAGUUGAUGCCAGGGAUGUCCCUGAUUAUUACGACAUCAUAAAAGAUCCUAUGGAUCUGAAGACAAUGUCAAAGAGGGUCGAAUCAGAGCAAUAUUAUGUGACACUUGAAAUGUUUCUUGCGGAUGUCAAGAGGAUGUUUGCCAAUGCCCGUACAUACAACUCUCCUGAUACUAUAUAUUAUAAAUGCGCAACCAGGCUGGAAGCCCAUUUUCAGAGCAAAGUCCAGUCAGGUCUUCAGUCGAUGGCCAAAAUUCAGCAGUAGAAGAUCUAGCGGAAUAUGUUGUAAAUUUUUAUGAUAAAAUCGCCAUUUGCUUCUCGAAGGGUAUUUUUAUAGUUUAGCUAUAUCAUUAUUCAGUAUAUCUGAAAAUAGUGAGGAUCACAUUUAUCGAUCCAAAUUAUUCUCCGCGAGUUUUCUAGUUAAACAAUUAAUGAUUUGAAGCAUGCCAUUUGAUGGAA